AUGAGUGUCGUCGGCUACGAGCCGCGGCAGUUUAUCCACAACGAUGCAUACCCUUCGAUGGGCGACCCCGAGCACGAUGGCGGCGGCCAGGUUCGAUAUAACGACCACGAUGUUGCUGUCUCCGUAUCUGAACUGAGUGCCUACAAUCCGCCCGUGCCGAAGUUGAUUCCGUCGCCCGAGCCUCAUCAUGGCCUGGAGAUCUCGACGCCCACCGCCCAGCCUCAGCCCCCGACCCUCACGCCCGCGCCAGCACUACCGGCGACGCCCAAGGAAGACGCCGAGCCGCGUACCCCUUCGCGCAUCAAGGCCAUAGAGAAGCCAGUACGAGAGCCGGUGAAGGGCCUUAAUGGGAAGUUUGUGUGUGAUUGGCCGAACUGUACCGAAGAGUCUCGCGAGUUCAACCGCCGGUGUGAAUGGACCAAACACAUGGACAAGCAUGACCGGCCGUACAGAUGUCUUGUAGAAGGCUGUGAGAAGCUGCCAGGCUUUACUUAUUCGGGCGGCCUUCUGCGACACGAGCGUGAGGUUCAUCAUAAGCACGGUGGUCCCAAGAACCCACUCAACUGUCCGCAUCCCAACUGCAAGCGCCACACCGGCAAGGGCUUCUCGCGUCUCGAGAACCUCAACGAGCACCUUCGCCGCGUGCACACUAACAAUCUGGAUGGCGUGGUAUCGCCCCUCGCAGCACCGGAUGACAGCCUCGCCAUGGUAGCCAAUGAAAAGGUGGUCGUCGGCACGAAGCGCAAAGCUGAAGACCACGACCUGCAGGCUGAAGUCAAGCGGCUGCGAGCUGAGAAUGAAAGACUGGAGAUCCAGAACAAGGCCCAGCGACAGCAGCAGUCUGCUAUGAUGGACCAGAUUGCGAGCCUGCAAAGCGAACUCCGAGCAUAUCGAGAUCCCCAUCUUCCGGGCGUCCCCCCCGUUCAGAUGCUGGAGGACAAUUUGCAUCAUUUCUAA